AUGCUUUCCGCCUGUGCUGUCGCCCUCCGGGCAGGCGCCCGCCGCAGCGUCCGCCGGCUGCCCAUGCGGUCUCGUGCGGCCGCCGCCCCCGCUGCCCUUCGCCGCGCGAGAUCGUUCUCCUCGUCUGCAGCUCGAACCACCGAUCUGAGCACCCGGGGGAUGAUUGUGCAGACUCUGUCCUCGGUGGGGUCUAAGCGCGAAGUCCAACAGUACCUCUCGCUCUUCACAUCCGUCUCGUCGCAGCGCUUCGCCGUCAUCAAAGUCGGCGGCGCCAUUCUGACCGACUACUUGGACGAGCUGUGCUCCAGCUUGGCCUUCCUCUACACCGUCGGCCUCUACCCCGUAAUCGUCCACGGCGCCGGCCCCCAGCUCAACAGCCUGCUUGAACAGGCCGGUAUCGAGCCGCAGUUCGAAGAAGGUAUCCGGGUGACGGACGCCAAGACACUGCGCGUGGCUCGCGACCUAUUUCUGCAGGAGAACCUGAACCUGGUCAACAAGUUGGAGGAGAAGGGCGUGCACGCUCAGCCCCUGACGACGGGGAUGUUCAGGGCAGAGUAUCUCAACAAGGACAAGUGGGGCUACGUCGGCAAGAUCACCGGCGUCAACAAGCAGUCCAUUGAGACCGCCAUCAACAACGGCUAUCUUCCCAUCCUCACCUCCAUGGCCGAGACCGACGACGGCCAGAUUCUCAAUGUCAACGCCGAUGUCGCUGCCGCCGAGCUGGCCCGCGCGCUGGAACCCCUGAAGGUGGUUUACUUGUCGGAGAAAGGUGGUCUGUUCGAUGCUGCGGGCCAGAGAAUCUCGGCUAUCAACUUGGACGAGGAGUACGAGCACCUCAUGUCGCAAUCAUGGGUCAAGUACGGCACUAGGUUGAAGAUCAAGGAGAUCAAGGAGCUGCUGGACACCUUGCCGCGCGCAACCAGCGUCGCCAUCAUCCAUCCAGGAGAGCUCCAAAAGGAGCUGUUCACCGACUCCGGAGCCGGUACGCUCAUCCGCCGUGGCAGCAAGCUGCUCUCGGCCACUAAUCUGUCCGAGUUCAAGGAUCUUGACACUCUGAAGGCGGUCCUGAUCCGGGAUCGCGACGGUCCCGAUGCUAUGGCCACAGUAGACAAGUACCUUGAGUUCCUGGGCGAGAACAACUUCAAGGCGUACUAUGAUGGGGCGAUGAAUGCCCUUGCCAUUGUGCUACCUGCCAGUAACGGACGCCAGGCUACUCUUGCCACCCUGACCAUCACCAAGUCUGGGUGGCUGACCAACGUCGCUGACAACAUCUUCACGGCCCUCCGCAAGGAGCAUCCUCAGCUUGUUUGGACCGUCAAGGAGGAUGACGAGAACCUCGGGUGGUUCUUCGACAAGGCUGACGGCAGCAUCACCCGGAACGGCGAUGUCAUGUUCUGGUAUGGGAUUGAAAAUGGCGACGAGAUCGUUCAGUUGAUGAAGGACUUCACGCAGAAUGGCCGGGCCAUGCUCGGCGAUUCCAACCUCGAAUCCCGGCUGCAGCGGGCCGCGAAGAGCGGCUCCAAGCCUGUAGCCCAACAGGCCCGAGGCUACUCCACCCUUGCUCGCCGCCCCGUUCUCUCAGCGCCCGUCUUUGGGCGCACCAGCGGCAGGACGUACGUCACGCAGACCAACCCGAACCCGCCAAUUGGCAAGAAGAACGCAUCGAAAUCCCAGCCCGCCAGGGUGGCCCUCAUCGGCGCUCGUGGUUACACCGGCCAGGAGCUGAUCCGUCUGCUGGACUCUCACCCGAACAUGGACCUUCGCCAUGUUUCUUCUCGUGAGCUUGCUGGGCAGAAGCUCGAGGGCUAUAACAAGCGUGAAGUCAUCUAUGAGAACCUCAGUCCCGAGGACGUUCGGGACAUGGAGAAGCGUGGUGACAUUGACUGCUGGGUCAUGGCUUUGCCCAACGGCGUGUGCAAGCCAUUCGUCGAGGCUGUCUACGAGGGCCGAAAGGACUCGGACCACAAGAGCGUCAUUGUCGACCUUUCGGCCGAUUACCGUUUCGACAACACCUGGACUUACGGCCUCCCCGAGCUCGUUCCCCGGGCGACCAUCACUCAGGCCACGCAGAUCGCCAACCCCGGCUGCUACGCCACGGCGGCACAGCUCGGCAUCGCGCCGCUGGUCCCGCACCUCGGUGGCAUGCCGCACGUGUUUGGCAUCUCGGGCUACUCGGGCGCCGGUACCAAGCCGUCUCCCAAAAACGACGUCAGCCUGCUCACGGACAACAUCAUGCCGUACAGCUUGACGGGCCAUAUUCACGAGCGCGAGGUCAGCUCUCAGCUCGGCGCCCAAGUGGCCUUCAUCCCGCACGUCGCCGUGUGGUUCCGCGGCAUCCACCACACCAUCUCGAUUCCGCUGAACAAGACCAUGACCUCGCGCGAUAUCCGCCAGAUCUACCAGGACCGGUACGCCGGCGAGAAACUGGUCAAGGUUGUGGGCGAGGCGCCGCUGGUGAAGAACAUUAGCGGCAAGCACGGCGUCGAGAUCGGUGGGUUCGAGGUGGACAAGUCGGGGAAGAGGGUCGUGGUGUGCGCCACAAUCGAUAACCUGCUUAAGGGCGCUGCUACUCAAUGUUUGCAGAACAUGAACCUUGCUUUGGGUUAUGCGGAGUAUGAGGGCAUCCCCGUCAUGUAA